CUAUUUUUAGAUUAAUCGAGUCAUAAAAUAAGUUAUUAUUUUCAAGAUGUUAGAUUUACUGAUAGAUAAACAUAUAAAAUACAUUUUAUCCUUUAAUGAGAGAAAAUUGACUGAGUAUUGGGAAACAGAGUCUAGAAAAUUACAGAGUAUAGAUUGGGCAGUUAAUACAUUAUUUGUUCUUGGUCGUAAGGAUUUGAUACCUCGAGAUGAUAUUCUUGAUUUUGUUAUGUCAUGCAAAUAUGAAGACGACAUUAUUCAGGCCUUUGGCGAAAGUUCGUGCGCAGACCCUCAUCUUUUGAAUACUUUCUAUGCUGUUCAAGUUUUGGCUGUAUGUGAUGCUCUUGAUAGAAUAAAUUUUGAUAAAAUAGCAAAAUAUAUUUCAUCUCUUCAAGAUCUUGAAACAGGUGCAUUUAAAGGAUAUUUUUGGGAUGAAACCGAUACUAGGUUUUCAUAUUCUGCAGUCUGCUGUUUAGGAAUUAUUGAUCGUCUUGAUACUAUUGAUAUCGAAAAAGUUGUUGAAUGGAUUCUUAAAUGUCAAAACCUUGAUGGUGGUUUUGGUCAAGUUCCAGGAGCUGAAUCGCAUGCAGGUCAUGUACUUUCUUGUAUAGGAACACUUUCCGUAUUAAAAAGACUUGAUGUAAUAGAUAUCGAUUUAAUAGGUUUAUGGUUAUCAGAACGUCAAGUUUUAAGUGGUGGUUUAAAUGGUAGACCUGAAAAGUUAGAAGACGUUUGUUAUUCAUGGUGGGUAUUUUCCUCUCUUGUUAUGAUAAAUAGAUCACAUUGGAUUAAUAAUAAAUAUUUAAUAAAUUUUAUUCUUUCGUGUCAGGAUUUUGAAAAUGGGGGUAUAUCAGAAAGACCAAAAAUACAGCCGGAUAUAUUUCAUACAUGUUUUGCCAUUCUUUCCUUAUCUAUUCUUAAAUAUCCUGGUCUUUUGGAAAUAAAUCCUGCUUAUUUUUUGCCUUCAGAAGUUGUUCAAAAAUUGAAAAUUAACUAAAUUUAAUUAAAUUUUUUAUGAGUAAUUUUUAUUUAGG